AUGCCUAUCGAACUGUUUUUAAGUCCUAUCAUGAAGCCGAUUGUUCAGGCACAAUCUGCUUUGAUGGGCGUCCAUCGAAGUAACAGUAACUACACACCGACUAUCAAAAAUCUUCUCGACAACACGCAUUCUUACAUUGUCCGGAAAGAAUUUGGCACAGGGUCGAAAACAUUUAGUGUUUUCGAUAAUUCAGACCCCAAUGCCCCCCAUUCUUAUGAAGACAGGCUCUAUAAUAUGAAUCGCUCCCGUGCCGUCAAAGGUGCCUACAAAAUGUACAUGCGUGGGGACGACAAGCCAAUUGGAGCUUUGCGCGCGGGACUACGAAGCAAUGUUUUACUUUUAAAGACAGCAUCUGGAGAUGAGCUGGAAUUAGGCUGGCACGUAAUGGAGCACAAGGUCGAUGCAAUAGAUAACUACCGCACUUUCCAGCUAAGCGAUGGUUACAGCUACCAGUGGACCACAAAAGGCCAAUAUUUAGAGCGCGUCCUCAAUGCAGGCCAACGCGAUGCUGAAGUUCGAGAAAGAGUUGGCCAGGUACGUCUUCAUCCCAAUCGCCGCGGAUUCGACCUGGCCAUUAAUGAGUCCGAAGUUCACAGCCUCGAGAUGGUGGUCGCCACCGCUCUGGCCUGUUACAUAGAGUCAUGGAACACUGAGCGGGCUUACGGUGGAAUCUAUGAUGCCAAACAAACCGUACCUGGAGUUUGGUGGCAGCGACAAACCUAA